AGCGAACUACCUCUGCAUAGAAGAGCGCAAAACAAAAUCAAAACCAGCUGAUUAUUGUUAUACUGUGUUUACACCAAAGUAUGAUCAAACCUAUUUGGCACAUUUUUGUAUGGAUUUGUAUGAGCAAACUCAACAAAAAAUAUUUUUUGGGACUAAAUUGAAAACCGAAGGUGGCAACAAUGUUAUCAUCAGAAUAAAAACAGAAAAUCCAAUAUUACUCAGCAACAACGGUCAGAUAAUCAUGGUUGAUGAAAAUCCAUUCGCAGCAUUAAUUGAAGCUGCAAGUCCUGCAGAUGGUAUAAAAAAAACAUUAACUGAAGAAGUUUUUUUGUUUACUUUGAGAAGAGAACUAACCGCCGCUGAUCAACGUCCAUUACUAUCUUUGGCAAGUAUAUUAACACCUGAUGAUGGCACAGACGGAACAAUAUGUGAGGCGAUACUGUCGCAUGCACUUUUUGAGCGACUAAUGAUGCAGGACACGAACGAGUAUUUGCUACAUUUGCCAACUAUAUCUAGCAAUAACAAUCAAGUCAAAGAAGCUACCGAAAGUUGCUGUAUGAAAUAUUUAUAUAGAGCUUACUGUGCCUGUAAAAAUGCAAGAGAAAAAUCUGACAACAAGGCAGAUUGUGAUAAAAUUACAAAUCUUAUAUUGACGAAUGCUAGCACAUGCAUGCGACAACCAGUGUUAUUUGCCGGACAAAUAUUUUCAACACAGUGGUAUGACAUCUUAAUGAGUUCGGAUGUAUUAGAUGAAACGUUGCACGAGUUUUUAAUGAAGAUAGUGCAAAGAGUUCUUAAUGAUGUUGACAAUCUUGAAGCUAUGGGCACAUUUAAAGCCAUGUUCUAUCCUUUGCUAAGUGAAUUACAAAAGAAAAUUGCUGUCAGUAACCUGAUCACAUUUGAUAAGAAUAUUUUUGUGGCUUUACAGUAUUUUGUGCGUGAGAAGAAUGCACCACAUUUAGCUGAAACAAUUCUCGAUUUCACUACACCAAAUCCGAAUGCAAAAGGUAUUGAUUAUGCAGAUACUCUUUUUGGCCAACUAUUUUCUAUAUCAAUAAUGCCAAAAAAUUCUAAUGGUUCGUACGAAUUUUUCGGUGACAAUAGCCUUGAUGCAAAUACUACAGAUGCUUCGCUAUGGGAAUUAAUGUGUAGACACCAAAAUAGUGUUUUCGUUAUUUUGAAACAACUUAUACUAGUUAGUCCAGAUAUUAAGAAAAAAGUUUUAGUAUGGUUUUCGAAUUGUUUACAUGCCAACGCUGGUCGUGGUCAUAUAUGGAGUAAUAUUAAUUUGAACUUUGAUCAGUUUGCUCAACAAAAUGCAAGUGACUCAUUUAUGACUGGACUGACAGCAGUACUACUACGUCUUUGUCUACCACUGUGUCCUCCAACACUUAAGGUGCUUAUUGUGGAUCCUACGUACUGUGCUGUAGCUGAAAAAGAACUUCAGAAUAAAAAUAUCAACAUGCUAAAGAUGUACGACGAAACUUGUUUACUGCCAGUAGAAGAAAAUGAACAACGUGUAACUGCCGAUAAGUAUAAUUUUGUUACGGAACUCUUCUAUAUUACACACAAAGCUUUUGAAUUAUCUUACCGUGCGUGUGGCGAACGAUUUUUACGUAUGACACGUGAACUACAUACCUUACAAACAGCAUUUCAGGAUGUUAUUACAACCGAUCCUGACAGUGAUAUGAGUAGAAAUCUUUUAAGAAUGUUGCAAGAUCAGUUACAACAAUAUCGCUGCAUGCGAAAUGGUCUAACAGAGCCGGAAAACGAGACACUCAUUUUAAAAUUUUUAGAAGCGACUGCAAUCUGGUUUGUAGAAAUUUCACUUAUCAACAAGAACGAACAUGAAGCUCUCCUGGCAAAGAAAGAAUUUAGUCCUGUAAACACUAAAAAUCGCGAUGUGCCGACAACAAUUGAUUUUGUGCCACCAUAUCUGAAAUGCAUACCGGAGAACGUGCUUGAUAAUAUAGUCUCCUAUUUAAAUUUCACCCGUCAUUUACCUAUAACAUGCAUAUUUAAAAUGUCAGUAAGUGGUCAUUAUGCAUUUUUCAAACUAAUUGUUCUUUUUAUGGGCAAUUCAGAAUUGGUAAAAAAUCCGCAUUUACGUGCAAAACUAGCCGAAGGCCUGGAAUGUUUACUACCUCGUAAAAGCACUGAUAAUUCAGAUGCAUUUACAACAAAUAUAUUUGAUCAUCAUCAGGAUCAUUUAAAAUUGGUACGAAGUCUUUUAAAUGUUUUUGUCAGCAUCGAAAUGACCGGCCAAUCGGUACAGUUUGAGCAGAAAUUCAAUUAUCGUCGACCCAUGUAUGCAAUUAUGGAGUUUUUGUGGACGAAACCUGAUCAUGUUCAGUGUUUUAAGGAUUUAGCAACAGAAGCUGAAGAGAAUAUGGAAAAUAUCGAGCCGCCGUUAUUUUUACGUUUUAUCAAUUUGCUAAUUAACGAUGCCAUAUUUUUGCUGGAUGAGUCUCUUUCGAAUCUGCAACAAAUACGUCAGCUACAAGAAAUGCAAGACAGUAGUGAAUGGAACGCACUUUCUCAAAAUGAUCGACAACAACAUUUAUCGAAUAUGCACCACUUAGGUAUGCUUGCUCGUUUUGAUAACAUAUUGGGUCGGGACACAAUUAACAUACUGAAAUUGUUAACAACAGAGAUUAAAAGCAUUUUCUGUCAUAAUAGUUUGGUCGAUCGCAUAGCUUCAAUGUUAAAUUACUUUUUAUUAAAUUUGGUCGGUCCAAAUAAGGAAAAAUUUAAAGUAAAAGAUAAGAAGGAAUUUGAGUUUUCACCGGCUGAAACUGUUAUUGAAAUAUGCCAUAUCUAUAUUAAUCUUAGUGAAAGUGAUCGUUUCUGUUUAGCUAUCUCUCAAGACGGCCGUUCAUAUAGUUCUCAACUAUUUAGUUAUGCUGAAAAUAUAUUAAUUCGUAUUCGGGGUGGUUUGUUGAUUGGUGAAAUGGGUGUUUUUGCGGACAAAGUUAGCAAAAUAGAGCAACAAUACAAGCAGGAACAAGAAUUUUUUGCUGAUGCACCUGAUGAAUAUUUGGAUCCUAUAAUGUCAACUUUGAUGACCGAUCCUGUUACCCUACCUAGCUCUAAAGUGACUGUUGAUCGAAGUACAAUAGCUAGGCACUUACUUAGUGAUCAAACUGAUCCUUUUAAUCGUGCGCCUUUAACUAUGGAUAAAGUAAAGUCCAACACCGCACUCAAGGAAGAAAUUGAAAAGUGGAUGGGUGCAAAGCGUUCUCAAUCUACAAAUAACACUAAUAGUUGAGCAUAACAGUCAUAUGGAAAAUGCUAACCAAAGAAUUUUUAUAAUUGCUUAUAUUAUUCGUUUAGUUGUUUGUAAACUAUAUGUUUUUGUUAUGUAUUUUAUAUAUAUUUUUUUUUAUGUGUAAAAGAAAUUUCGCGGUAACGGUUUGUGCUAGUAAUUAGUGUAGUUGCUUCUUUAUUUUAUAUUUUAAUUACCUUAAUUACCAACUUCUUAUAUUUGGGAUUUAAUACAUAGUUUAUUAAAGUUCAAAAAAUAUUAAAUUUUGCGUUUUUCACUGUCAAAUUAUUAAAAACCUUUUGUUUCCAAAAAUCAUAUAGAUUCUUUAUAGUUUAUAUAAAAACUCACUAUCAUUUUUGUGCAAUGAGUAAAAAAGCAUAGUAUGUAUAAUGUUUUUAAACCACUAAUCAUAUUUCCCUUUGUAUUCGGGCAAAGACCGAGUAUAGAACAACAGCAACUCACACUGUCUUUCAAUUGUUAUAAUUUUCAAAUAUGGAAAUAUUCGGUGCACUCAUUGCGAAUUUAUGUAAUGUAUACUAAAAAUAUUACCACUAAGUCAGAAAUAUAUUUCUGAACUACAAAUUCCAUUAAAUUUAAAAAUAUUAAGUAUCACAAAAUUCGUCGUAUAUUUUAUAUAUAUUUUGAAAAUUCCAAUAUUCAAAUAUAGAACCGUAUAUUUGUUAUAGUUUUAUUUAGACUUUUAAGUUCUUGCUGUUAUUAGAAAAAAGGGGUAUACACAAAGUAAAGAUUUUGUAAAU